AUGGAAAGACUCUCAUACCUUAAAAGCAUUAAUGUUUCAUUUAAUGAUUUAGAAGGUGAAAUACCCAGUGGUGGUGUGUUUGUGAAUUACAGUCUGCAAUCAUUUCUCGGGAAUAAAGGUCUAUGUGGAGUGCACAUAGUGGAGGUCCCUGCAUGCACUAAUCCUGGACAACAAUCAAAGUCUAAGGAAAGAAAGGAAAUAUCAAAGAUGUGGAAAAGUUCUGGCUCUGUGUACCAAGGUACAUUAUCUGGUGGUAGUGUAGUGGCCAUAAAGGUUCUGGAUUUGCAAAGUGAGGAAGUAUGCAAAAGGUUUGAUACCGAAUGUGAAGUGAUGAGAAAUGUUAGACACAAAAAUCUUGUUCCGGUGAUUACUACUUGUUCAAGUGACUAUAUAAGAGCCUUUCCUCUUCAAUAUAUGUCCAACGGGAACCUUGAGAAUUGGUUGUAUAGAGAAGAUUGCCAAUUGAACCUACUUCAAAGAAUAACUGUAAUGCUUGAUGUUGCUAUGGCCACUGAAUAUCUACAUCAUGAAAAUGACACUCCUAUAGUUCAUUGCGACCUAAAGCCCACAAACGUUCUUUUGGAUGAAUAUAUGGUGGCUCAUGUUGGUGAUUUUGGAAUAUCUAAAAUUCUAGCCGUAAGUAAGUCUAUUGCACAUACCGAGACAUUGGGCACUCUUGGUUACAUUGCACCAGAAUAUGGCUUGGAGGGAAUAGUAUCCACUAGUGGGGAUGUUUAUAGUUAUGGCAUCAUGUUGAUGGAGGUUUUUACCAAAAGAAGGCCAACAGAUGAAGAGAUAUGCAAUGAAAAUCUUGACUUGAUGAAAUGGAUAACACAAUCAUUUUCAGGAACUAUGCUAGAAGUUGUGGAUGCCUAUCUUAUUCCCGAGGAAGAACAAAUCACUUCUAAAAGUGAAAUCUGCAUAGCUUCCAUGGUCGAAUUGGCUUUAGAUUGCACACUGGAAAUACCAGAAUCAAGGAUAACCAUGAAAGAUGUAGUCAAGAGGCUUAACAAAAUCAAGAACUCAUUUCUAGAAUCAUAG